AGUGUAAUUGUAACAUUAUUUUUCUUUGUAGGUGGCUUUUUUUCAACCAUCUUUUCCAGUUUAUUUGGUACACGGGAGAUGAGAAUUUUAAUUUUGGGAUUGGAUGGAGCAGGAAAGACAACAAUUCUCUACCGACUACAAGUUGGCGAGGUUGUGACUACAAUUCCUACAAUUGGUUUCAAUGUGGAGACAGUAACCUACAAGAAUCUGAAGUUUCAAGUCUGGGAUUUAGGAGGACAGACAAGCAUCAGGCCAUAUUGGCGAUGUUACUAUUCUAAUACAGAUGCAGUCAUUUAUGUGGUGGACAGCUGUGACAGAGACAGAAUUGGAAUUUCAAAGUCUGAGCUUGUUGCCAUGUUGGAGGAAGAAGAACUGAAGAAAGCCAUUUUAGUUGUGUUUGCAAAUAAACAAGAUAUGGAACAGGCUAUGACUCCUACAGAAAUGGCAAAUGCACUUGGACUUCCAGCUCUAAAGGAUCGAAAAUGGCAAAUAUUCAAAACAUCUGCAACUAAAGGCACUGGACUUGAUGAAGCAAUGGAGUGGUUGGUGGAGACUUUGAAGAGCAGACAGUGAAAUGGAUCUGAAGCUUUCCUUUAAGUCAUGUGAAUAAAUGCAGUGCUGUAAAUAGGACUAAAAAAUAUUACAUUUUCAAAGAGAUGGGGUUUCUGUGCAUUGUAAAUCACACUGAAUCACCUGAAUGUUUGUCUGUAUACUCGGUUUGGUCUGUUUCUUUUACCUUGUCUAAGUUAUGUAGCACCAAUUUUUAUGAUAGUCAUAUAAUUGAAGACUAUGACAACAAAUAACAGGUGGAUGGGUGGGGUAACUUUGCUACUUAGAAUUCUAAGUGUUUGAAACUAUUUAUCACUAAUAAAUAUUUAAUUAUCACAUA